AGCGGUACCCGGAAGAGCCGGCGGCAGCAGCAUGGAGCGCGCAGCCGGCUACAGGCAGCGCUUCGACUGUCUGACAGAUGCGUACAGAUGUUUAGUGACGGGCUCCUGUCCCAGCGGAGGUGCUGCGGACGUGGCGGGUGUGAUAUUCUCCGGGGUGUGUGCGCAGGUCCCCGGUGAGGAGGACAGAGGUGGUGCUCCUGCAGCGCGCUGCCGUGAGCUGAGCUGCAUCAGUGUGAGUCUGCUGGAGAGGAUCAGCUGCAGCCUGGCGGACCGGAGCCUGCCUCCAGCCGUGGAGCUGUACUGCGUGGAGGUCCUGAGGGGGCUGUUUCAGGACAUGGAUCUCAUGUCGAAGCUCGUCCAUCAGUUCCAGUCUGAGGACCAGAUCGUCUCACAUCUGGCUGCCAAGAGUGUGUCAGCAUGGGUUUUCUAUCAGCUCCUCAAAUCUGGUGCUUUAAGUCCUGUCUGGGAGCAGAAGUGUGUGCAGGCAUUUCACAGCUCACCCCCUGGUACUGAGUUGGAUGCCUGUCUGUGGUCGCUGACGGAGGUCUUAAAAAGACUUCUUAAAGGAGCUCAUCAAGAGAUUAUUGGGAAGCUUCUGGCAGCGUUUGACUCCAGCCUCACUGCUUUAUGUAAGUUUCUCCCUGAGGAGGGAGAGGAGAUGGCACAGUGUUUGGUGGACUUUACCAGGAGCAGACACUCAGGAACAACAUUCUGCCUCCUGCUGGACCUGCUGGAGGUGCUCACCGCAUCCAGCUUGUUAUGUGGAGCUGGCGUCUGUCUGAAGAGUCAGAGAAUGACCCACAUCCACUCCUCAGCCCUCCUUACAGCAAUCAGCUCCUCCUCAGAGUAUUAUGUCAAAAAGCGAGCGCUGCUGCUCCUAAAGAGAGCCGUGCUGCAGAAAGCUGGAGAGGACUGGGCUUUAGGCGAAGUGCCGCUCACCGGGCCGAAGUACGAGCACUUCCACUUUGAUAUGAGCAUGCUGGCUCAGAGCGUGUUGACUGCAGUGGCUGCUAAUUGGUUACAGAGCGUUCAAGUGGAGUCCACCUCUUUCUUCGGAGGGACCAGACGCGGUCAAGGUGACGAAGGUCAGAAACCAGACUGUGUGAUGCUUAGAGCUGUCAGCCUGCUUCUUCUCAAGUCCAUAGAGCUUCACAUCCAGACAGCUGGCGGAACAGCUGGAGUGGGCAGUCCUGCAGAGGUUUAUGGGUAUCUACAGAGUCUGUGGGGUUUCCUGAAGAGGAACAGUGGCCAGCUGAUGGAGGUCACUCACCUCUGCUGCUGGGUCAGCCUGCUGUUUGGAGAACAGGACGACGACAUGAUGGAGGCAGCCAAAGCUUUGCUCUCUGUGUUCCUCCAUCACAGAGUCUGCUCUGGGUUAGAUGACUUCGCUGUGCUGGAGGCAGCCUGCGCCUCCGGCUGCAACCCUCACUGCCACUUCCUGCUUCUUCUUCAGAGCAUCUCCUUCGACCACAGCAUCCUCCUCGACUUCCUCAUCUCCACUGAAACCUGCUUUCUGGAGUACUUUGUGCGUUACCUCAAGUGCCUCAGAGCUGACUGGCGGGGCUUCACCGCUGCAUGUGGAAGAAUCUGCGUGUCAGACUGUCAUCUUUCGCUCACUUCCUCACGUGGCAUUGAUUUGUUUGCAACAACAUAUAAAGGUGGGUCAGAGCGAGUUUGGUUCAAGCCCACAGGUGUUAUUUCACCAGUGGGCUCAAUUUCUGGGCUCCGCCUCGUAGAAUACGGUAGUUCUGACGAGUCUGAUCCAGAGACCAUGGAUUCUCAGGACGAAGCAGGGACCUCUGUAUGUGAGAAAAGUAGAUCUGGUGCCUUGGAUGUGAAACAGGAGAUCAGUGGACCACCAGUACCUAUUAGACAGAAACAUUACGAGCCCUCUCACUCAACAGGAUUACUCCAUGAGGACCGAGGACCAGAAGGGUCAUCACCACUGGUGUUACACAAUGAGCAGGCACUAUGUCUGAACACGCCGCCUCCAUCAGGACAGGUGAACUGUGAGACAUCAGCCAGAGCAGUCCUCUGUCUGUCAGAGCUCAGGGAGGUUGUGACAAGGCUGCAGACGAAGAAACUCUUCCCAUACAACCCUUCGUCACUCUUGAAGCUCUUAGCACAAAUACAGCAAUCGCAUCUGUCACAGUUCUAUGAAUGAAUCUAAUCUCUAAUGAAUAAAAGGACAUUUAAUGUGUGUUUUGUUUUGUUUUAUGAGGUGACGCAGCAGCCAUGGGUUCGACUCCAUCCUUCGUUCCUCUGCUGCGUGUUAUCCUCUCUCUAUCCCCCAUUUCCUUCCACUCUUCAGCUGUCAUUAUCCAUUAAAAUCAAUAAAAGCCAAAAAUAUUAUAUAUAUAAAUAUGUGUCUGUUAGUCCUAAAUCCUCCUGAAUUUCCUCCCUUCCACCCGGUGCCUGCUGGGACAGGCAUGUGGGUAAAGACCGAACGCCCCCAGGAAGAGCACCGGGCUUUGAAGCCAAUUUGACAUAGUGUAAUGACAGCAAUGGUGUCAGAAGAAAGAAAGAGAAAAAUAGCACGUUUUUAGCACAACCUUUAUAUUUGAAAGUUUUUGAAAGUGUUUCUGUGGUUGUGUUUCAUACUAACGGAAACUUCCCAGGUACCUUUUCAUGUGGCUGACAUAUUAAUCAUUAGUUUGAAGUGUCAUCAGCAUGCUUUAUUGAUUUAGCUUAAUGCACCAGUACACUGUUUGCUCUGUCAGUAGACACACACACACACACCCUCCUGUGAUGGAGCUGACUGUAAGCCAGCAUACUGUUCUGUUUAUAUGCACCAUUUUGAGAAUAGUCAGCCUAUUGAGAAUGAUAAUAUCAGUGUAAAUGCUUUCAGCCUGGUUAAAUCACAGAUAUUAAUCUAAAAAGGCAAUGAAAGAGACUAUGGUGCUUAAAGUGGUUGAACUGUCAGUUGAGGGAUCUGCAGGAUCAGUUGAAGUGUAAGUUGAAC